UCCCCCUCGAGGCCGGGGCCGGAAGUGCACCAGCGUCCGCUGGGCGCCGCGGGCGGAGGGACGCGCGGAGAUGACGCAGGCAGCACCGGAAGCCGCUCCCCUGUGAGGUUGCAGACCCCGAGCGGCGGCCGCUGGUCCAGGCGCCAUGGCUGCGGAGCGGACCCGGCCGCUGCGAGGCUCUGGCGGCCCGAGCGCGCCUAGUCGGUGUGAGCCCGGCGCGAGGUCCCGGGCCCCGGGGCGCUCGCUCAGGUAAAUUUUUCCAUAACCUUAUGGAGAGAAAGGACUUUGAGACAUGGCUUGAUAACAUUUCUGUUACAUUUCUUUCUCUGACGGACUUGCAGAAAAAUGAAACUCUGGAUCACCUGAUUAGUCUGAGUGGGGCAGUCCAGCUCAGGCAUCUCUCCAAUAACCUGGAGACUCUCCUCAAGCGGGACUUCCUCAAACUCCUUCCCCUGGAGCUCAGUUUUUAUUUGUUAAAAUGGCUCGAUCCUCAGACUUUACUCACAUGCUGCCUCGUCUCUAAACAGUGGAAUAAGGUGAUAAGUGCCUGUACAGAGGUGUGGCAGACUGCGUGUAAAAAUUUGGGCUGGCAGAUAGAUGAUUCUGUUCAGGACGCUUUGCACUGGAAGAAGGUUUAUUUGAAGGCUAUUUUGAGAAUGAAGCAACUGGAGGACCAUGAAGCCUUUGAGACCUCAUCGUUAAUUGGACACAGUGCCAGGGUGUAUGCACUUUACUACAAGGAUGGACUUCUCUGUACAGGGUCAGAUGACUUGUCUGCAAAACUGUGGGAUGUGAGCACAGGACAGUGCGUUUAUGGCAUCCAGACCCACACUUGUGCAGCAGUGAAAUUUGAUGAGCAGAAGCUUGUGACAGGCUCCUUUGACAACACUGUGGCCUGCUGGGAAUGGAGUUCUGGAGCCAGGACCCAGCACUUCCGGGGGCACACAGGGGCGGUGUUUAGCGUUGACUACAAUGAUGAACUGGAUAUCUUGGUGAGUGGCUCUGCAGACUUCACUGUGAAAGUAUGGGCUUUAUCUGCUGGGACGUGCCUGAACACGCUCACCGGGCACACGGAAUGGGUCACCAAGGUGGUUUUGCAGAAGUGUAAAGUCAAGUCUCUUUUGCACAGCCCUGGAGACUACAUACUCUUAAGUGCGGACAAAUAUGAGAUCAAGAUUUGGCCGAUUGGGAGAGAAAUUAACUGCAAGUGCUUGAAGACAUUGUCUGUCUCUGAGGAUAGGAGUAUCUGCCUGCAGCCAAGACUUCAUUUUGAUGGCAAAUACAUUGUCUGUAGUUCAGCGCUGGGUCUCUACCAGUGGGACUUUGCCAGUUAUGAUAUUCUCAGGGUCAUCAAGACUCCUGAGAUAGCAAACUUGGCCUUGCUUGGCUUUGGAGAUAUCUUUGCCCUGCUGUUUGACAACCGCUACCUGUAUAUCAUGGACUUGCGGACAGAGAGCCUGAUUAGCCGCUGGCCUCUGCCAGAGUACAGGAAAUCAAAGAGAGGCUCAAGCUUCCUGGCGGGCGAAGCAUCCUGGCUCAAUGGACUGGAUGGGCACAAUGACACGGGCUUGGUCUUUGCCACCAGCAUGCCUGACCACAGUAUUCACCUGGUGUUGUGGAAGGAGCACGGCUGACGCCACGAGCUUACCACCGCUGACUUGACUUUGGGUGCCGGGGCUGCGGGUUUUCAGUGCAACCUCUGUGGCAGCCGACUGCAUGAACCAAAGUUCUCACCUAAUGGUAUCAUCGCGCAGUGCACAAUCAUUUAUCCAUGUUUGCCAGGGGGCCAGGGCUCGGGGCGGGGGAGGGCUUGUUUUAUUGACAUACAGCACAGCAUGCUAGUGGGGGUACGCCAUUGACUUCAUUUGUACUUAGUUAUGUUGGUCAAUAGAAGAGGAUGCAUUUUGGGUUCAUCUUUCUUGAAUAUUGGUUUUAAGUAAAGAAAGUUAAAUGACUCAUUAAUCUGCUAAUUGGUUGCCUAUAAAAACACAUUCAGUCUAUUAUUAAAGCUUUUUACCAUCGCCUUUUUUUCUUUUGAA